AUGUCUGCACCACCGAAGCGCAAGUGGCCUCGCGGCAGAGGCGGAGGUGGCGGCGGCGGUGAUCGUGCGAACGGUGCCCCUGGGCGCGGCGGGCCUACGAAUCCUCGCUCGACCAUGUCGCAGCAGCCAAAACGUCCUAGAGUUGAAGAUGCACAGCCGAAGCCCGAGACCGGUGUCGACGUGCGGCAGAUGUACAGCACUGCGGCUGGCGAUGCGGCACCGAAACCUUUCUCCGAUUUGAAGAACAAGCUACACCCAGCAUUGCUCAAUGGCUUGGAUAAGAUGGGCUUUGAGUUUAUGUCUCCAGUCCAACAAAAGGUUCUCACCCAACUACCCACACUGUCCUCCGACUGCGUUGUACAGGCAAAGACAGGUACGGGCAAGACAGUAGCCUUCCUACUACCUGCGAUCCAGAACCUCCUAGCCGGUAAUAUGCCUCGGAAAGGCAAGGUCGCCAUCCUCGUCGUCUGUCCUACGCGCGAGUUAGCUCUACAAAUUGCGAAAGAGUGCAACGGUGUCACAGCGUGUCUGCCUCAAAAGAUGGAGUGCCACACUGCGUUCGGCGGCACUUCCCGUGCUUCUAACCUCAAAGCCUUCAUGAACGGCAACCCUACCGUUCUGGUCGCUACCCCUGGCCGUCUUGACGACAUCCUGGGUGAAGAGCAAGUCCGCGAGAAGUUCUCCGAUCUGAAAACGGUGAUCUUGGACGAAGCGGACCAGAUGCUCGAUGCCGGAUUCGCACCUGCGGUCAAGAAGAUUCUAAGGCGCAUCCCACCAAAGAACGAUGGCUGGCAGGGAAUGUGCUUCUCCGCAACACUACCCAAAGAAGUUCUCGAUAUUGCUAAGAUUGUCCUGUUCCCUGGUUACACACAUCUCUCGACUGUCGAUCCGAACGAGGUGCCGACCCAUGAGCGCGUACCACAGUUCUUCUUCUCUGUUCCCACUGUUGGUCAAACUUUCCCUGCGUUGUCAGCCUUGAUUGAAGAGGAAUACAACAAGAACCCCACCGACUUCAAGGCCAUCGUCUUCGGUACCACCGCGAACGGUGUCGGACUACUCUACGACCUAUACCGAAAUGCGCUGCCACAAUUCAAGCUAUUUGAGCUGCACAGUCGCAUGUCUCAGCCUGCUCGCACGCGUACGACCCAGGACUUCAAGGAUGCCCAAAGCGGUAUCUUGUUCGCAUCCGAUGUCGUCGGUCGCGGUAUGGAUUUCCCUAAUGUUGGUCUGGUCGUCCAGCUGGGUCUUCCUUCAAGCACUGACCAGUACGUUCAUCGAGUCGGUCGAACAGCUCGUGCCGGCAAGGAUGGGCGUGCUGUUCUAGUUCUCUUUGAGCAAGAAGCCUUCUUCCCCAGGAUCAACAAGACGUUGCCCAUCAACCCCUACCCUGUUGACCUAGUGUCACGUCUACCCUCGCACCAGGCGAACAUUGACCGAGCCUUCGUCAACGUUGAUGAAGUAGCCAAGUCAAAGGCAUAUCAGGCAUUCCUUGGUUACAACAAGACCUUCGUCAAGAAACUGCAGAUCAGCACAGCUGAUUUGGUUCGUUUGGCAAAUGAUUACGCAUAUACGAUGGGCUGCCCGGAGCCGCCUAUGUUGGAGAAGUCGACCGUUGGCAAGAUGGGUCUCAAGGGAGUACCAGGUCUGAGGAUUGGGUCUCGAAGAUGA